AUGAGUAAACAAGGAAAUAAUGACUUACCACCAUUGGGUGAAUUAGGACACAUUGCUAGAGAAACGGCAGAUGGAAAUGUUGAUCCAAAAACUCCUAUUAAGGACGCAGAAAACAUUAUCCAUGAAGGAUCACAAGGAUCAGCGAAAUUUGAAAACCAGAAGGCACCAGGAAAAUUCGAAGGAGAACACAACAAAGGAAAGUUUGAAGAGGGAAAAAAUCCGGAUGCAAGUGGAAAGUUUGAGGGCAAAUUUGAAUCGAAAGACAAAGCAAAUUUAGGCAAAUUUGAAUCUAAGGAUAAGGACAGCUUGGGAAAAUUUGAAUCAGGAGAUAAGAAAGACAUAGGAAAAUUCGAAGGCAAAUUCGAAUCUAACGAGAAGGACAGAUUAGGCAAGUUUGAGGGUAACUUCGAACAGAGAUAA